ACAAAAAACCUUCUCGUCCUGAUAAAAAUCGUGUACAUGUAAAUAGUACGUGAAAUAGAGUAAGAAUUAAUUAAAUAAUUCGAUAUAAAAUUAAGUAUAAAAAUGUUACGCGGUACGCUUAAAUAAUUCUAUACUCAUUGCGAUCUAAGAUACCAUGAAAAAAGCGAACUAAAUGUUGAACAAAUGUGUUACGGCAGUGAAGCGUAUUUUUCCUAACAUAUGCACAAACCAUUAUAAGUAUUUCUCAUCGUCGACAACCAUGGCUAAAAGCAAGUACGAAUACGUGAAGAACUUCGAAUCGGAAGACAGAUGCUUGCCCAACUGUUGGAUCGUCGUCAACUUGGACGGUAAAUGCUUUCAAAGAUUCGCCGAAAUGCACGGCUUCGAGAAACCCAACGACAAACGUUCCUUAGAAUUAAUGUCCCGAUCAGCGGCCGCUGUGAUGGAAGAAAUUAGAGAAAUCGUAUUAGCUUAUGGCCAAAGUGACGAGUACAGUUUUGUGUUCAGAAAAGAUACCAGCAUUUUCAAUAGAAGAACUGAGAAAAUCCUUACCGUAGUCAACAGCUUGUUCGCAGCGGCGUUCGUAUUUUAUUGGAAGAAUUUCUUCGGUUUCGCCAACAUGCUGUAUCCGCCAGCUUUCGAAGGCCACGUUUAUUUAUUCCCUUCCGAGUUGAACUUGAAAGAUUAUCUAAGCUGGCGACAAGCUGAAUUACACGCCAACAAUUUAUACAGUAGCGCAUUUUGGGCGAUGGUCCUCAAAGGAAAAUUAUCUCCGAAAGAAGCUGAAGAUAAAUUACGACCAAUCGCGUACGUCUCACAUAAACACGAACUCAUAUUAAAAGACUACGGUAUAGUCUAUAACAAUGAGCCGAUACUGUUUCGUAAAGGUACCACGUUAGUGAGAAAACUAGUCCCGAUGCCAGGCGACGGUAAAUUUCACCAGGUCGUAUUCCCAUUAUGUAUCGAUUUGACCAACGAAGAGUUUUGGCGUGAAAAUUCUGAAAUACUCGGUCUGAAACCGCUGCCUAUCUUCAAGCCGGGUAAUAAUCCCGGAUUUCCUAUCAAACGCCAAAUCAACGAUAUGAACGGUGCAGACGUAUCGAUGAAACCCACCAUCAAGCCUCCGGAUGUGUGCAAUACGAACGACCCGAAAAUCAAAACCUUUGAUCGAAGGAUACCCGACACGAAUUCCAAAAUGAAACAAGAUUCGAUAGGAAAAUAACCUUAGACUAAUACAUUUUACCUACCUACGGAUAUUAUCUCAAUCGUUUAAAUUUUCCAAGUCGUGAUAUUGAGCAGUAAGUUUAAUUUUUUUUUCUCUCUUCGAAUGCAGCGUGUUUUUAUCCCCACACCCCAAUUUCGUGCGUCAAUUUCAAAAGUUACCUUUUUUCCUUCUUCGACUCCGGUUUACGAUUUGGUUAUAACAUGAACAAUUUAUUUAACGUUAUUAUAAUAGCAAUUAAUUUUAUAUUAGAUUAUUGUUGAAUAUUUGAGUUAUUCAGGCGAAGUUGUUUUUGGCAAAUCUUACCCAUCAUUUUUUUUUUUUUUUUUUUUUUUUUGGAAAAAAGUUGGAGAUAUGUUUACUUUUUAUACAACUGUCUUGAAAGAGACUACUUUGUUGACGUAUUUAAACUGAACCAUCGAUUAGAACGUUAACAAUGUUCUUCUUUUAUGAAAUGGUGAGAAAAAUAGUAUUUUUUUAACAGUCGAGUUGUACAUAAGAUAUUACUGAAGGUGCUAAAAUAAUUAAUAAUCUCACGUUUUCAUUCAACGGAAAGAAGAAUGAUGAAACAUUUCUUACAAAUUUCUUCAUCCAUUUUAGUCGACUUUUCUCCAUUUUGUUAGUAGUGGGUUCAACUUCGGAAUAACCACUUAACAAAAAAAAAAAAACCUAGGAAAUUUUUAGAUGUAUAAUUUUAUUCGCAGUCUUAAAUUUAUGCCUUAUGUGUAUGUGUAUAUUAUAUGGAUAACUUCUGAUUUAUACAUUACACGUAUUUCCGGAAACAGGAUUCAAAGGUGAGAAAAUUAAUUUCGUUCAUAAUGCGUUACGCAUCUUCAAACCGUAAAACUGAAAAAUUAUGUAAUAUAUAGAUGCACAAUAUUAUGGUAGAAAUAUCGCGACUGAAUAAUUUUCAUGUAUAGAUUGAAAACUUGACGAAAAAGGUUCAUUUUUUCUGACUGUGAUUCUGUUAUCUACGCUGUAUUUUCAAUUUUAUCUGUUUUUAAAAAAAUAUUCUCUCAUUGUGAAAUUAUACUUCACUAAUAAAUAUGUGUAUUUUUGUGUUGUAA